GGGGGGUUGAGAGGCGACGGCGCCGCCGCCAUUUUGUAGGGUGUUUGUCGCAGCGGCCGGAGGCAGCAAGUCGGCGUGGCGACAUUUCUUGGCCAAGAGGCCUUUUGGUUUUGCGGAGAUGCGGCAUUCCAAACGAACUCAUUGUCCUGAUUGGGACAGCAGAGAGAGCUGGGGCCAUGAAAGCUACAGUGGAAGUCACAAACGGAAGAGGAGAUCUCACAGUAGUACACAAGAGAACAGGCAUUGUAAAUCCCAUCACCAGUUUAAAGACUCUGAUUGUCAUUAUUUAGAAGCAAGGUGCUUGAAUGAGAGAGAUUAUCGGGACCGGAGAUAUGUUGAUGAAUACAGAAAUGACUACUGCGAAGGAUAUGUUCCAAGACAUUACCAUAGAGACCUUGAAAGCACUUACAGAGUUCACUGCAGCCAAUCCUCUGUCCGAAGCAGGAGAAGCAGUCCUAAACGGAAGCGCAAUAGGCACUGUUCAAGCCAUCAGUCACAUUCGAAGAGCCACCGAAGGAAAAGAUCCAGGAGUAUAGAGGAUGAUGAGGAGGGUCACCUGAUCUGUCAAAGUGGAGACGUUCUAAGAGCAAGAUAUGAAAUCGUGGAUACUUUAGGUGAAGGGGCCUUUGGCAAAGUUGUAGAGUGCAUUGAUCAUGGCAUGGAUGGCUUACAUGUGGCAGUGAAAAUCGUAAAAAAUGUAGGCCGUUACCGUGAAGCAGCUCGUUCAGAAAUCCAAGUGCUGGAACAUUUAAAUAGUACUGAUCCCAAUAGUGUCUUCCGAUGUGUCCAGAUGUUAGAAUGGUUUGAUCAUCAUGGUCAUGUUUGUAUUGUGUUUGAACUACUGGGACUUAGCACAUAUGAUUUCAUUAAGGAAAAUAGCUUUCUACCAUUUCAAAUUGAUCACAUCAGGCAGAUGGCCUAUCAGAUCUGUCAAUCAAUAAAUUUUUUACAUCAUAACAAAUUAACCCAUACUGAUCUGAAACCUGAAAAUAUUUUAUUUGUGAAGUCUGACUAUGUAGUCAAAUACAAUUCGAAGAUGAAACGUGAUGAGCGCACACUGAAGAACACAGAUAUCAAAGUUGUCGACUUUGGGAGCGCAACGUACGACGACGAGCAUCACAGCACUCUGGUGUCCACGCGGCACUACAGAGCGCCAGAGGUCAUUUUGGCCUUAGGUUGGUCUCAGCCUUGUGAUGUUUGGAGCAUAGGUUGCAUUCUAAUUGAGUACUAUCUUGGAUUCACAGUCUUUCAGACUCAUGAUAGUAAAGAGCAUCUGGCAAUGAUGGAACGAAUAUUAGGACCCAUCCCAACACACAUGAUUCAGAAAACAAGAAAACGCAAGUAUUUUCACCAUAACCAGCUAGACUGGGAUGAACAUAGUUCUGCUGGUAGAUAUGUUAGGAGACGCUGCAAACCAUUAAAGGAAUUUAUGCUGAGUCAUGACGAAGAGCAUGAGAAGCUCUUCGACCUGGUUCGGAGGAUGCUGGAGUACGACCCCGCCCAGAGGAUCACCCUGGACGAAGCCCUGCAGCACCCUUUCUUUGACUUAUUAAACAAGAAGUGAUGUGGAAGUUGGCGGUCUUCCUAUAUACUUCUCUAGAAGCGAUUACUUAAGACUGUGUCAGUCAACUAAACAUUCUAAUAUUUUUGUAAACAUUAAAUUAUUUUGUACAGUUAAGUGUAAAUACUGUAUGUUUUGUACAAUAGCAUAAUGACCUUGUUGAACAAAAAUGGUCUUGAUAAUGAGAUAUAAAAGUUAAAGUUAAUUUUCUUUUGAUGUUAAUUACCAUUUUUAAGGGCCUUUGGAAUAUUCUUGUGUCUAGUGAAAAUGUGAUCUUGUCUUUUGUACAUGAAGGUUGGCUGAAGUGAUUGUUGUUUGGUUUUGUUUUGAGUAAAAGGAAAUCUUGACUA